AACAGAAAUUCAAAAUCCACUGAAAAAAUCGUGUCUUGGCGCGUGUUGCAGCAGGAAAAAAACCUCGGAACGGCUCUUAAGAGCUUGCGGCCGGCAUGCUGAAACUCUUGCUGACCCCGAACCGACCGCCACUCUGCUGGCACGGAUUUUCCAGCAAUCACCGGAACUCGUUUUUGCGACGAUCACUGGGACUUGUGAAAACGGGCUUGCAGCAGACGAGCAGGACCCGGAGUUCGCUAUUUACCGGCCGGGCUAUCCAACAGGCCGCCGCCACCGAAGGAAAACAGAGUCGAUCGAUCCUGAUCCGACUGCUAAUCGGUGGAAGUGCAGUCUCGUUAACGGUUGGCUGCCAGUACCGACGAUGGUUCGCGGAUUGUGAGGCUCCGGCCAAUCGACUGGCAGGCCAACGGCACGGAUUUGGCGAUGAAGCCGUACGCUUUGAUUGGUGGAAAUUUUGGCGCUAUCUUAAACAACACUUGGGCAAAUUAAUCGGAGCUAUUCUGGCAGCACUGGCCGUGGCUUACUUCAACAUUCAGAUACCGAACCUGCUCGGUGUGGUCGUCAAUAAACUGGCUCGCUACGCCGGGAACGGCUUAAAAGACAUCGACACUGCCACAUUCUUCCGUGACCUGCGUGACCCUUCGUUGCAGCUGUUCGGCAUGUACCUGGCGCAGUCCGGGUUCACCUUCGUGUACAUUCUGCUCCUGAGUCAGAUUGGCGAACAGAUGGCCGCCAGCAUACGGCAGGAUUUGUUCCGUCAGAUCAUCAUACAGGAUCUGGAGUUUUUCGAUCACAACCGUACCGGUGAGCUGGUCAACCGGCUGACCGCCGACGUGCAGGACUUCAAAUCGAGCUUCAAGCAGUGCAUUUCGCAGGGUUUACGGAGCUUUGCCCAACUCGUCGGUGGUGGCAUUUCACUGUUCUGGAUUUCCCCACAGUUGGCCAGCAUUGCGCUCGUCUCGGUUCCGGUAGCCGUGGUCAUGUUCUCGCUGCUCGGUCGCUCCCUACGCCAUCUGAGCAAAAAAGCUCAAGCCCAAUCGGAACGAGCGACUUCGGUGAGUGAAGAGGCACUGGCAAACAUUCGAACCGUUCGGGCCAGUGCUAGCGAGUACGUCGAGGUUGAGCUGUUCCGGGCGGAGACGGAUAAAUCGGCCAUCCUGUCACAGCAGCUCGGCGCAGGAAUCGCCGUUUUUCAGGCCCUUAGUAACCUCUGCCUUAAUGGGAUGGUGCUGACGACGCUGGUGCUCGGUGGUCACUUUAUGUCGGCGAAUUCGAUUAGUGCCGGUGAUUUGAUGGCCUUUCUUGUGGCCGCCCAAGGCGUACAACGCUCGUUAGCCCAAGGAUCCAUCCUGCUUGGAUCGGUCAUACGUGGCAUGACCGCAGGAGCUAGGGUGUUUGAGUAUCUGAACCUCGAACCGAAGGUUGAUCUCCGGCACGGUCUUAUCAUUCCUGCGAGUAACUUGCGUGGAGAGGUGCGCUUCGAGGGAGUAGAAUUUGUGUAUCCGACGCGACCGAACCAGCGAGUGCUGAAGGAUUUCAAUAUCGUUCUACGACCGGGACAAACGGUUGCCCUCGUUGGUGCCAGUGGAAGUGGCAAAUCGACCGUAGCCUCACUGCUGGAACGAUUCUAUGAACCGAGCACGGGGCGGAUUACUAUCGAUGGUUACGAGCUCGGUCAUUUGGCCCCGAGCUGGUUGCGAGGUGAGCUUAUCGGAUUCAUCGAACAGCAACCGGUACUGUUCGGAACGACAAUCUACGAGAACAUCAAAUACGGACGUCCGCAGGCGAGCCACGAAGAGGUGAUGCAUGCGGCCAAACUUUCGCAAUCCCACGACUUUGUCAGUAAGCUUCCGGAUGGCUACGAUACGAUGGUCGGUGAACGGGGCAUACAACUGAGCGGUGGUCAACGGCAACGGAUUGCGAUCGCCCGGGCCUUGCUGAAGCAACCGACGAUUCUUAUUCUGGAUGAGGCGACGAGUGCGCUGGAUGCGGCCAGUGAAGCGGUUGUUCAAAGUGCCCUUGAUGCGGCCGUGGUUGAUCGUACUACGCUCGUGAUCGCGCAUCGACUCUCCACCAUUCGCAAUGCGGAUGUGAUCGUUGUGCUCGAUCAGGGUCGGAUCGUCGAAGUGGGCAACCAUGAUAGUUUAAUCAAGCUCCAAGGAUUCUACUAUGAGCUGGUGAAACAGCAGGAACGCCAACAGCACCAGGAGCAGGACUCUGGUAGGAUGUACGGUUAAUGGGAGCUGGGGUAUGGGGGAUGGGGGAUGAUUGUGAUGAAUUCGAAUGACGAUGAAAGACUCACGGAUGGUGUAGGUUAACGAAAUUCUAAAAGACAAAACAAUG